GAGAAAUCCGGGCAGGCGCAGACACCUUCACACUGAGCAGAGAUUUUUGCGGCGCAGUUUGUGUGGCGGCCGGGACCCGAUCUUUUAAAACCAUGCUGGAUUGACUGCAGAGAGGCAACUACAAUCAAUGGCUUGGCUUUGAAAUCGUUGAAAAUUUAUUGGAAAGGAGUGUGAGACAGAGCGACAGUGAGAGAGGGAGAGAAGCGAGGGAGAGAGCGAGAGAGUGGCGAGAGGGGUGGAAAUAAAGAUCCUUUUCAACGAUGGAGCUUACAAUGGAAAACAUUGGAAAUCUGCACGGUGUAUCUCACUCCCAUCAAACGAGCGACUUAAUGAACUCCCCGCACGCGCGCCAGUCGUCGGCGUCGCAUCGGAACUUGGUGUCGCACGGUCGGUCAGCCAUGGUGUCCAGCAUGGCCUCGAUACUGGAGGGAGCAGGGGACUACCGCACAGACCACGCUUUGUCUGGCCCCCUGCAUCCGGCAAUGACCAUGUCGUGCGACUCCGGGAUGAGCCUGAGCAGCACCUACACCACGCUGACGCCGCUGCAGCACCUGCCCCCCAUAUCCACCGUGUCGGAGAAAUUUCACCAUCCACACCCACAUGCUCACCAUCAUCCGGCGCACCAGCGACUCGCGGCCGGGAACGUUAGCGGCAGCUUCACCCUGAUGAGGGACGACCGAAGCCUCGCCUCCAUGAGCAACCUCUACGGCCACUACCCCAAAGACAUGUCCGGCAUGGGGCAGCCUCUAUCCCCUCUGUCUAAUGGUCUCGGGUCUUUGCACAGCUCCCAGCAGACUCUCAGCGCCUAUGGUCCUGGAGCUCACCUCUCCAACGACAAGAUGAUCUCCUCGGGGGGCUUCGAGUCCCACGCAGCCAUGCUGUCCCGGGGCGAGGAGCACCUGGCCCGGGGUCUCGGGGGCCACGGGGCCGGGCUCAUGACAUCCUUGAACGGCAUACACCAUCACAGCCAUCCGCACUCUCAGGCAAACGGGUCCAUGCUGUCAGACCGGGACAGGCAGACGGUGGUGGGAGGCGGGCAGGGAGGUGGGUCAGGGCAGGUGGAGGAGAUAAACACCAAGGAGGUGGCACAGCGAAUAACGGCAGAGCUCAAGCGCUACAGCAUCCCCCAGGCCAUCUUUGCUCAGAGGAUCUUGUGCCGGUCCCAGGGAACUCUGUCUGACCUGCUGCGGAAUCCUAAACCGUGGAGUAAACUCAAGUCUGGUCGGGAGACGUUCAGGAGGAUGUGGAAGUGGCUCCAGGAGCCCGAGUUCCAGCGGAUGUCGGCGCUCAGGCUUGCAGCCUGCAAGCGCAAAGAACAGGAGCAACACAAGGACCGCAACACGGCGCCCAAGAAACAGCGUCUGGUCUUCACUGACCUGCAGCGCCGCACACUCAUCGCCAUCUUCAAGGAGAACAAGCGUCCAUCCAAGGAAAUGCAGAUCACCAUCUCCCAGCAGCUCGGCCUGGAGCUCAGCACCGUCAGCAACUUCUUUAUGAAUGCGCGCCGCCGCUGUGUGGACCGCUGGCACGAUGACCACGGUGCCAGCCCCGGGCAGCCGGGCACAUCCGCCACCACCUUCUCCAAGGCCUGAGAGGAGGAGAGGACCUUCAGAGGGCCAGGGAGUCAGGUUGGAACAACAGGCGACAUGGAGAAUUGGCUGUGAAACCUGUGUAUAACAACCCUACCUGGCCUGGGCCGUCUGAAUGUGUCCUCUGCUCCCAGAAAUCCUUUGUGCCAUGCAAUCAUCUUUUUUGUCAGUCAGAAUUUCAAGCUCUCACCUGAAACAAGCAUAAUCUAAAAAGGUGAAUUGUGAAGUCAGGUCCACUCUGCAUUACUCACAUAAGGACAAUCAUUGAUUCUGUCUUUUUUUAAAGAAAAUCAUUUUUAUGGCAUCUGACAAAGUUAAGAGACACCAAAGAUUUGAUGUUUUUGUUGGACGGUACCAGACAUUUUGCCGGCCUCCUUCACCACCCAAGUAGCCACUGAUUCUGCUUUUUUUUUCUUCCAACUCACCUCCUUUGUGUCUGCCUCUUUAGUCUCUCUCUCAUCCCCUCUACGCCGGCACACGGAAGCAACAAGGGCGAAAGAACGGCAAUAAAUCUGACAACAGAACAGCACAUAGCCUUAUUAUCCAAGCCCCAUCCUGCACACACAAGGCCGUCAUAAAGAAAACAACGCAGCCUAUGAAAAAAACAACAAGGCUUUCCAAUUCUCCGCCUCUACCUCCCCCCCUCUCCUCCUGUAGUCUCCUUCAUUCCUCGGCCAAAGGUAUUCCCUGAUGGCCAGCCAUUUCAGAGAGCAGCUCAGCCUGAUCAUACGGCAAACUAAUGAAUUGAAAAAUGAAUCGAUGCAGACAGAGAGAG